UGUAGAGCAGUGCAUGUGGCGGAAGUUUGCGCUCUCACAGGAGCUAGCGGAUGGGGAUUAAAUUGUAACGUUUAUGUUCAUAUCCUCGUACCCACCAAAAUCUUCGGUGUUGUACAUGUUCGUUGAUACGACGUAUAGUAAAGGACAGCGAUGUCCCUGCCAGCAGGUAGGUUCCUGGACAAGAUAAACCGCCAGGCAGAAAUAAAGGUGUGACGACAGCAGGCGGUAUAUAGAGGUUCCACUGCAGGCCAGUGUGCAUGGUCAUUUGUGUGUGUGUUUAUGGUUGUGUAUGUUUAUGAGUGAGUGGCAUAGCAGCGGGGGGUUGUAAUGUGAUGCCAAGAUGCUGCUGUCCCUGGGAAUGCUGAUGCUGUCGGCCACGCAGAUUUAUACCAUCUUCACUGUUCAGCUCUUCGCCUUCCUCAACCUGCUGCCUGUGGAGGCCGACAUCGCCGCUUACUCAUUUGACAACAAAACAGAGAACUUUGAUGACCUGCCAGCAAGAUUUGGCUAUCGGCUACCCAGCGACGGACUGAAGGGCUUCCUGAUUGGGGCGCGACCAGAAAAUGCGUGCCAGCCCAUCGAGCCCCCUCCGAGGGACAACUUGACGGGCGCCUUCAUCGUCCUCAUCAAGCGCUUCGACUGCAACUUUGACAUCAAGGUCCUCAAUGCUCAGAAAGCCGGGUACAAGGCAGCCAUUGUUCACAAUGUGGACUCUGAUGACUUAAUCAGCAUGGGAUCCAAUGAUUUGGAUGUUAUGAAGCAGAUAGAUAUUCCCUCUGUGUUUGUGAGUGAGGAGACUGCCAACUCUCUGAAAGAAGACUACACGUAUGACAAGGGGGGACAUGUGGUCCUCAUGCCAGACUUCAGCCUGCCGCUCGAAUACUACCUGAUCCCCUUCCUCAUCAUUGUGGGAAUCUGCCUCAUCCUCAUUGUUGUUUUCAUGAUCACCAAGUUUGUCCAGGAUCGUCACAGGGCUCGGAGGAGCCGCCUGCGCAAAGAUCAACUAAAGAAACUUCCCAUCCACAAGUACAAGAAAGGGGACAACUAUGAUGUAUGUGCCAUCUGCCUGGACGAAUAUGAAGAAGGUGACAAACUCAGAGUCCUGCCAUGUUCUCAUGCCUACCACAGUAAGUGUGUGGACCCCUGGCUGACCAAAACUAAGAAGACGUGUCCGGUGUGCAAGCAGAAAGUGGUCCCCUCGCAGGGUGACUCUGAUUCAGAGGAUGGAGAGAGCAGCGUUGAAGAGAACGAGGACGUGUCGGAGAGCACCCCGCUGCUGCGCUCUCUGGCCUCCACCAGCGCCCACUCCUUCGGCACCAUGUCGGGAGCAUCGCGCUCAGAGCAUGACCAGGAGUCUUCCGAGUACGAAGACGACGAGCUGGACAGCAGCGACAGCGAGGAAGAGGUCACCGUGGAGACUGUGGUGGUGCAGAUGCAGCAGCCCUGCUCUGAAGGCCCCGAGCACGACCUGCCCCGAGUUUGACUGAUUGUUGUCCGGCCUGAUUGGUUGCUAAAUCCCCAACCUCACAGCUGCAGAGACUUUCGCUGGGGUCACGAACCAGAUUCAUCAUCCGAGUUCUUCUGUCACUGCUUACAAGACAUUGUAAUGUAUCCUCGCUACAAAUACAAAUCUUAUGUUUUAUUUUUAACAUGAUUAUGGAUAAAGUUCUGAUUUCCAAGUGUGCGACAGGAAGUCAGUGAGCAUGUCUUUAGGGACUGCUUGGCAGAUUUGACAGGCCUGGUGACAUAGAUGUACAGUAGACUGUUAUACUGUACUCUAUUUAGUCAUUAAAAGAUGAUACAGAGAUGAGUCCAGAGGUCCCAGACACACAAGCUCACACUUGACACAAAGUUCAGUAAAAGUACUGUGUAGAUAAAAAGUAUAGAUCACAAUAAGUUACAUCUUUACCUUUGAUUAUCUCCUGUCCUACAUGUUUGAGAUGAUGGGGAAGUUUCAUUAUUGUACAUACAUGUUCAUGCUACACUGAGACACCUUGAACCGCUAUGCAGCAUCCUUUUUGUAAAAUUAAACUAAAAUUAAGCAAGUAUAGAAACAUUUUAAAGCCACAGCAAAUAUGGUUUUGCCAAUUUAUUUCUAGCCUGAUGUAUGAAGGACUUUGGGUGCUGCUGUUUGUGCCAUGGUUUAUCUGUUAGAACGACUCACACUAAGAGAAACACAUUUGAAGCAAAUAAUGUGCUCUCCAUGUGACGCCACAUUAUGUUGUGUUACGCUGGUUGGAAAUGUGGAGAGACAAUUGAGUGAAAACUGUGUCCACGCUGCCUGUGGUAAACUUCUUUUGGCUGCUCCAGACCUAUCACUUCAUUUAACACGAGCAGUUAUUGGUUGAUAGGCCUUGUUAUACACAUUUGACUGACCUUAUCUCAUUUUAAUACGGUUUAUAGUAAAUAUGCUAGUUUGUUUGUUUUCAUAACAUGGCUUUGUUUUUUUGUUCAUGAAACCUGUUGCCUUUUUCAGUUUAUACAUUUUGUCUGGUUAGUGUUUCCCUGCUCAUGUAUGUACUCAAAUCUGAAUUCACUUCAAUAAAAUUUAAAUGACACUUGACAAGGAAACAGUAAUUUACUUUUUCAUGAUGUAAUACAGCCAACUAUCCAACAUCCAUACCAAUUUUUCUGCUUCCAAGAGACCUGUUGUCUGUACGUGCGGAUGACUGCAGAUUUUUGUCGUAAGAUAUUCAACCGCAGUGUGUUCAUCUGGGGUUUAAACAAGAAACCACGUAAGCUCUGGUAAACUUCAGUGUAAUGACUUGAUUAUCAGCCUGCUUAAGUCUGGCAUGGCUCAUUAGCAAGUGGAAAUUAUAGGACCUACAUUUGUCAAAUAUCAUUAAUUUCUCAGUUGAAGUGGGGUUUAAAGUGCCGACCAUGAACCUCCCUGGUUGUCUGGCUGGGGACCUUUGUUGCGUGUCAUUAACCAUCUCAAUUUCCUGUUGGCUAUAUAGUAAAAGGCAUAAAAUGCCAUAAGAAAUAAGUUCAUAAAGAUGGGGUUUUCCCUGCCUUCAAAUGUGCCUCCAGCAUAAGUGAAAACACCACUAGAUGACAAUCUCAUCCCGAGGUCCAUUUAGUAGCUGUUCUGGAGCUUCCAAUCACAUCACAUGACCUCACCCCUAUCAGCAAAUAGUUCGCCCAGUUGUCAUGGAAAUGCAACAGGGCAAAAGAUGUUUAAAUUAACAUUUAUUCUUGGCUUCAAAGUUGAGUUCAAGUCUCCAUUUGCUGAUACCAUGUGAUAUGACAGGUUUGCUGUCACAAUGAAACAUGACUUUAAAAAGGAAUCAAAGUUUUUGUCCUGGGGCCUGUCUCCAGAAGCAGGAUUACUGAAUGGGCUGAAAAACUGCACGGCUCUUUAAAUUAGUCCAGAAUUCAGAUGGUUCCAGGUUUUACACUGCACCAGUCAUGCCAACACUUCAGUAAUCUGAGAGACUUUUCUCCAAUAGACUGAUUCAGUUUAAAUAUCUCAAAUUUUUGACAUUUUGUCUUUAAUUUGACAUGAGGCCUAAACCCACUUCAUGAGGAAGACCUGCUGUUUGCCUUUUGGACAGAACCAGGCAAACUGCCCCCCCCUCCCAAAAAAAAAAAAAAAAACAAAACACCAGAAAUGAAAGUGGUAUCAAUCUUCUCAUUUGACUCUUAGCAAGAGAGCAAAUAAGGAUAUUUCCCAGAACGUUGAAACUAUUCCUUAAAAAGGGGCAAUGUUCAGAGCAAAAAACAAAAAGGAAACAUUUAUCUGGUUGGAAUAAAUUUAUUUGAUCUGUCUGUAAACAAGGUGAUAAAUCAAUUCAUGGCAUUUCUUGGUUUUAUGCAUAUGAAAUCAGAUGCAUUAAAGAGACUAUCCCAGAUGUAAGAAAAAAAAAAGUGGUGAGGAAAAGGAAAUGAACAUAAAUCAGCAAACAGGACUUGAAACAGGUAGUUGUUUUUUUUGUUGUUUUUUUUUUUAUGAGUACACAUAUCCCACAAGGCCUAAACAGUGGAGCUGAAGCAAAAAAAAUAAAAUAAAAAAAAUAAAAAAAAGUGUCAAUGAAAUGACUUAGUGGACAGUGGGUAAAAUCCAUCUUACAACAGCAACAGAUCUCUAUAUUAUGGCACAGGAUACACAGGUUCUGCAGUUUUGACAAGACAACCAUAAGCGUCUUUGUUCAAACAAAUUCCAUCUCCCAUUGAGUGUCAUUUCUACUUUUGAAGUGUUUAUUUUUUUCAGUUGGACGUUACAGUUAGCAGUACUGAGCAUGGACAGACCGUGUGAUACCCCAGAGCUCAGCUGACUAUAAAGUAGAAGGCAAUUUAUUCCACAGUUUUGUAGUUGUCAACACAGCAUGGGUUUGUACAAAUGCAGUCGUUUGUUUUCUAAACAGUAAAGAAAAACAAAACGGAAAAAAAAAAAAA